AUGAAAAGGCUAUUCGUUGUUUUAGCUUUGUUUUUCUUAUCUCCGAUAUUUGCGAGAUCUUUGAAUCCUUCUUUGAAUGAUGAUGUUCUGGGAUUGAUUGUGUUCAAAGUUGACAUUCAAGAUCCAGGUGGAAAAUUAGUGUCUUGGACUGAAGAUGAUGAUACUCCCUGUAAAUGGGUUGGGGUCAAAUGCAACCCUAGAUCCAACAGGGUCGUCGAACUUGUCCUCGAUGGGUUCUCACUCUCUGGAAAAAUGGGCCGAGGUCUCCUCCGAUUGCAGUUUCUCCAAAAGCUCUCCCUCGCGAAGAACAAUCUUACAGGAAGCUUAAGCCUCAGUCUUGUGCAACUCACAAACCUGAGGGUUAUUGACUUGAGUGAGAACAAUCUAUCUGGACCUAUCCCUGGUGAUUUUUAUAGACAAUGUGGGUCUUUAAGGUCGAUAUCGUUGGCCAAUAACAAGUUUUCAGGCCACAUUCCGGAGAGUUUGAGCUCAUGUGCAACUCUUGCUUCAGUUAACUUUUCCUCCAAUCAGUUUUCGGGUUUCUUACCUGCUGGGAUCUGGUCUUUGAGUGGUCUUAGAUCGCUUGAUUUGUCGGAUAAUUUGCUAGAGGGAGAGAUUCCUGAGGGCAUUGAAAGUUUGAAUAAUUUGAGAGCAAUAAACUUGCGGAAGAAUCAGUUUACGGGUCAGGGAGAGAUUCCUGAGGGCAUUGAAGGUUUGAAUAAUUUGAGAGCAAUAAACUUGCGGAAGAAUCAGUUUACGGGUCAGGUUCCAAAUGGAAUCGAAGGUUGUUUGCUAUUGAGGUCAAUUGAUUUGAGUGAGAAUUUGCUUUCUGGAAGUCUUCCCAACACCCUGCAGAAGCUUGCAUUGUGUAAUUACCUAAAUUUGCAAAAAAAUGAGUUUACGGGUGAUGUUCCAGAAUGGAUAGGAGAAAUGAGAAGUCUUCAGACUCUGGAUCUAUCUGAAAAUAGCUUCUCUGGCCAUUUUCCAAAUUCAAUUGGGAGGCUUCAGUCCUUGCAGGUACUAAACAUUUCAAUGAAUGCCUUCACUGGAAGCUUGCCGGAAUCUAUAAUGAAUUGUAUGAAUCUACUAGCUUUAGAUGUUAGUAGGAAUUUGUUGACUGGUAAUCUUCCUUCUUCACUCUUUAAAUUGGGUUUACAGCAAGUAAUAUUUUCAGAGAACAGAUUAAGUGGUGGAUUGGAGAGUCCUUUUGCUUCAUCAAAUGAAAACUCGCGCAAAAAGCUUCAAGUUUUGGAUAUAUCCCACAAUGCACUAUCUGGUGAAAUUCCAUCUGCUGUUGGGGAUUUUAGCACCUUACAGUUCUUGAAUUUGUCUAGGAAUUUGCUCACAGGUGGUAUCCCAGCAAGUAUUCGAGAAUUGAAGGCCUUGAAUAUUCUGGAUUUGAGUUUGAAUAGGUUAAACGAGAGCAUUCCUUCAGAAAUUGCAGGAGCUGCAUCUCUGAAGGAAUUGAGACUAGACAAGAACUCCUUCGUUGGGCAAAUUCCAACUUCAAUUGAGAAGUGUUCUUCAUUGACAUCUCUGAUUUUGUCAUGGAACAACCUAACUGGCCCAAUUCCGGCAGCCUUUGCAAAACUUACCUACCUUCAAAAUGUAGACUUGUCUUAUAACAAACUCAUUGGGACCUUACCAAAGCAGUUGGCAAAUCUUGUCCACCUCCUAUCCUUUAACAUUUCGCAUAACCAGCUACAGGGUGAACUUCCAGCUGGUGGUUUCUUCAACACCAUUUCUCCCUACUCUGUCUCAGGCAAUCCAUUCCUUUGUGGCGCUAUAGUAAAGAAGACUUGCCCUAUUGUUCUUCCCAAACCAAUUGUCCUUAAUCCUAACUCCUCCGAUUCUACUCCAGACUCCAUCCCCCAAAGUCAUGGCCAUGAGAAAAAAAUCCUCAGCAUAUCCGCCCUCAUUGCUAUUGGUGCUGCCGCCUUAAUUGUCAUUGGUGUGAUUGCCAUCACUGUCCUCAAUCUCCGUGUGCAGUCUUCCACAUCCCACUCUGCAGUAGCUCUUACACUAUCUGGUGGCGAUGACUUUAGUCAUUCCUCCACUACAGAUGGCAACUCUGGCAAGCUCGUGAUGUUCUCUGGCGAACAUGACUUCAGCACGGGAACACAUGCUCUGCUUAACAAGGAUUGUGAGCUUGGGCGUGGAGGAUUUGGAGCAGUUUACCGGACAGUUCUUAGAGAUGGACAUCCUGUUGCCAUCAAGAAACUCACUGUUUCAAGUCUUGUCAAGUCCCAAGAUGAUUUCGAAAAGGAAGUUAAGAAAUUAGGAAAAAUUCGACAUCAUAAUCUUGUGGCACUCAAAGGGUAUUACUGGACUUCUUCACUACAGCUCCUCAUAUGUGAAUUUGUGUCCGGUGGAAACUUGCAUAAGCGUCUCCAUGAAGGAUCUGGUGGUAACUCCCUACCAUGGAAUGAGAGGUUUAAUAUUAUUCUUGGGACAGCUAAAGGUUUGACUCACUUGCAUCAAAUGAACAUAAUCCACUACAAUCUAAAAUCAAGCAAUAUUCUGAUUGACAGUUCAGGUGCACCUAAAGUUGCAGAUUUUGGCUUAGCGAAGUUGUUGCCAAUGCUUGAUCGUUAUGUUUUAAGUAGCAAGAUUCAGAGUGCACUUGGCUACAUGGCACCUGAAUUUGCAUGCAGAACUGUAAAGAUAACUGAGAAAUGUGAUGUUUAUGGUUUUGGGGUCUUGGUUCUCGAGAUUGUUACAGGAAGGAAGCCUGUUGAGUACAUGGAGGAUGAUGUGGUGGUUCUCUGUGACAUGGUCAGAGAAGCACUGGAAGAGGGCAGCGUAGAGGAAUGUGUCGAUGGAAAGCUGCAGGGAAAAUUUCCAGCUGAGGAGGUGAUACCGGUCAUUAAGUUAGGCUUAAUCUGCACGUCACAGGUGCCUUCAAACCGGCCAGACAUGGCUGAGGUAAUUAACAUAUUGGAGCUGAUCAGAUGCCCUUCCGAAGGGCACGAGGAGUUGGUAUGAAAUAAACUAAACAUCUAUUAAUUGAUGGAUUAGCAAUGGCUUAUCCGGCGAAGAAGAAUCCGGCUGGUUUAUUAAAUCAUAGAGAGAUAUGAGAUUUGAUUGUUGGAAAUUUUUGCUCCUUUUCUCCCUUGGUGUUUUGCUGCAUCUUCUGUUUGUAAUUUCUUCUCUUAUGUUAAGGUUGAUAGCCGGAUUCUUCUUCACCGGUUCCAUUUUGGGACCCUGUUGGAUAUUACUACCAACUUACUGAUCCUUAUUUACUUACACUUCCUUGUAUUGCCUUGUCUCAAGCUAAUUGUUGAUGCUAGUUUUGACCUCUUACUGAAAAUCUUUUAUUUACUCAACAUUUUACUACGUUUUACAAGGUGUAGAAAACUCAGUUAAUAGCUAGUGCAUGUGUAAAGAGUAUAAGCCUGUUCAACCCCAUUGAAG